GAUGUGGAGUGUGUGUGGAGAAGGCCUACAGCACCCAAAACAGAGGACGUUGUGGCCAAGAGGCUGUCUGUGAUGGCACCUUCGACAUCAAAAGCUGGAAUUAAGCGCCCAGUGACCGAAGAAGACAAAGGCUGGACAAGGCAGUCUUUGGCGCAAUUUGGGCGUUUCACAGGUCUGGGCUUUAUUUUAGCCCCAGAAAUACAUCAGGAAUUUGACCCAUCCCUACCAGAGAAACUAUUUGAUGGGAUACUGGCCAGUCAGGAGUACAGCGAUGCUCAAGACAAAGAGGACUUCAUCAUGACGUCUCUUGCUGUCAGCCAGCAACAAAAAGAAGCCAUCGAGAGGGCCACAGUUGGGCAGACGAGCAAUGCAUUAUGGGCAGCAUAUCGCAAGAAGAGGAUCACAGCGAGCAACUUUGGUUUGGUUUUGUCUGCAGUCAGAAGACAGUCUUUCCCACCUUCAUUGUUCAAGACACUGCUGGGAGAAUACAACCCCAAACAAGGAGCUCGUGCAUGUGAUUGGGGAAUCGUGCACGAGAAAGAGGCCAAAAAGAAGUUCAUGGAACAAAGUGGGGAGACCAUCCUGGAGAAGGGACUGUUCCUGUCUGACAGUGGGCUGCUUGGGGCCUCCCCAGAUGGACUUCUACUGUCCAGCAAUUACCUUGUGGAGGUGAAAUGCCCAUAUUCUGCCAGAGAGAAAACAAUCGCUCAGGCAGCAGAGGCAAAGGACUUUUACCUGUACGUGGACCAAGUCACCGGGCUAUUUAGGUUGAAGAACACCCACAACUACUGGCAUCAGAUUCAGGGCAACCUGCACCUGACAGAGGCUACCACCUGUCAUCUAGUUGUAUGGACAACUCAGGACAUGGCCAUUGUAGAGAUUAAAAAAGACCCAGCCUGGGUCAGCAAUCUUAAGGUCCUGGAAAAUUUUUACAAGGACCAUUUUCUGCCCCGUGCUCUCUUCAAUAACAAAUAAAUGUUAACUUAUUGAACUUA